AUGGCGGCCACGAGGAUAUUGGCUCCUCUUCUAUUAGCUAUUUUAAUCAAUUUUAAACUUCAAUUUUAUUACAAUAUAUACUUGGAUGAAGACUUUGACUCUCUCAAGCCUAUUUGGAGAGGAAAAAGUUCGGUUGGUUGCGACGUCUUUGGAAUUUCCUUCUCAGCUCGUAAGUGCUACUCAACAAGGGCGCACCGCCAUGAUAAACUUCGAAGGCCUAUCAUGAAAUGGGUUAAACAUGGUUAUAUACUGCUUGCGGCGACGGAUUGCUCCCUGUUAACGAUAGACAUUACAGUUUUUAUGGAUGUGGAGACGAACCCUGGUCCUAUUUCUUCAGAGAAGAGCUAUGAUCUACGAAAGCAAACCUGGUCUGACGAAAGUAAGAUUCCAUGUUAUGGAAGAAACUAUUUACUCGGUUUGAGAAAGAAAUCUGGUAAACCUUCGAGCCCUGUCUUAGAGACGCUUAAGAAACUACAGCUGCUCAGGUUUCGUGGUAAUCGGGGAGGUUUGAGAAAAAAAUGUUCAGCAUGUGAAGGAGAGAACUAUUCAGAAUAUUUCUGUCGUCAUUGGACGAAGGGCGGAAAGUGGGUUUGCUAUUCCCCGGCUGCGGGUUGAAAAACGACGAAACCCUAGCAAUCUCGUCAGUGUACCAAAACAAGUGGUGUCCCGCGAACACACCUCUGUUAGUUCUGGUCAGCUUGCUGUCCCUAAACUUUUGUUUAUUAACAUCUGUAGUUUGGGGAAAACAACUAGUCGGGUGCGAGCGGUUGUGGCUUUGGAGGCCGACUUAAGAAAUAAUGACAUCGAUGCUUGUGUUGUGUCGGAAACUCAUUUAAAAAUUGAGGUACCCGAUACGGUGGUUAAUAUCUCGGGUUAUAAUAUCUUCAGAAGGGAUAGGAAUUGGUCUGGAUGCGAUCUAAGGAAUGGGGAGGUGUUGCUAUCUAUACAAGGAGUAAUCUUUCAGUUAUUGAUGUUUAUCGUUCUAAUUUAUACGAGUUUAUUUGCCUGA